CUGUAUCUUCGGUUCUACUCUACCCAACCUUUAGCAUCCACUGCAGCUCAUCAGCUCCGUCCAGCUUUCUCCAUUCCCCGUUUUUCUCUACUUCUCCGUUUCCAUUGAGCAUAAUGCGCGCAUUGCUGAAGCAUUGUCUGUGACAAUUUUGCGGAUAAGCAUUCCGAUCGGUUUGAGGAAAAAAUACUCUGAUCGGAGCUGGAUUUGAUUUUCAGAGCUUCAGAGUGGAGUUGCUGUGAUUCGAUCGGAUUCUAGGUCGGGUUAAAGGGAGAGAUAGUAAAAGAAGGGGGAAAGGUAAAAUAAGAUGAACGGAGGAGGGAGGCAGGGACUGAGAUCUGGUGCGACGGGGGUGCAUCACCAGCGCCAGUAUUCGGACAACUUUCUGAACAGCUCGUCCAAUGGGAGGUGGCUCCAGUCAGCUGGCCUUCAACACCUCCAAUCCUCCGGCGAUCCCAUUCCUCCGCUUCAGGACUAUAACUUCUAUGGUGGAGGAGGGCAGGGAGCUAGGAUGUUCAGGAAUACACAAAGGAGCUUUAAUGGAGUGAAUGAAUAUUACACAGAACCGUCCACACCGCCAGGUAAUCAUCGGUCUUCAAGCCAGAUGAAGCAUGGUGAAGAUUCACCCGGUGAUUUCAGCCCUGGGCUGUUGGACCUGCAUUCGUUUGAUACCGAGCUUCUUCCUGAGAUGCCAGUUACGAACGUGUAUGAUAGUAACUCCAUGUAUCAUCCUGUUCGGAGCACAUGCUUUGAUGACUCUGAACCUUACGUUUCAAACAAACAGACUGGUAGAGCUCGUGCUCCGGAAAACAACCUCCUCAGAAGUAUUUCUGCAGACAAAGAGAAAUCUAGUUCUGUAGCUAAGAUUAAAGUUGUGGUGCGCAAAAGACCAUUGAAUAAGAAGGAACUAGCAAAGAAUGAGGAAGAUAUUAUAGAAACACACUCCAAUUCUUUAAGAGUACAUGAAACUAAACUUAAGGUUGACUUAACUCAAUAUGUAGAAAAGCAUGAAUUUGUUUUUGAUGCUGUCUUGAAUGAAGAGGUUACGAAUGAUGAGGUUUAUUGUGAAACAGUGGAGCCCAUAGUUCCAAUAAUCUUUCAACGCACAAAGGCAACUUGCUUUGCUUAUGGCCAAACAGGUAGUGGAAAAACUUACACAAUGAAGCCACUUCCGCUUAAGGCAUCAAGAGACAUCUUGAGAUUGAUGCACCAUACUUACAGGAACCAGGGCUUUCAGUUGUUUGUGAGUUUCUUUGAAAUAUAUGGUGGAAAACUUUUUGAUCUCCUUAAUGAUCGAAAAAAACUUUUCAUGAGGGAGGAUGGUAAGCAGCAAGUUUGCAUUGUGGGCUUGCAAGAGUACAGGGUAUCAGAUGUGGAGACCAUCAAGGAGUUGAUUGAGAAAGGAAGUGCCACAAGAAGUACUGGCACCACAGGUGCAAAUGAGGAAUCUUCCCGAUCACAUGCAAUUCUUCAGCUUGCCGUCAAGAAGUUAGUUGAUGGUAGUGCUUCCAAGCCUCCCCGUGCUGUUGGCAAGCUCUCCUUCAUAGAUCUUGCUGGAAGUGAACGUGGAGCUGAUACCACAGACAAUGACAAACAGACAAGAAUUGAAGGUGCUGAGAUCAACAAGAGCUUACUUGCCUUGAAGGAGUGCAUAAGAGCUCUAGAUAACGACCAGGGACACAUCCCCUUCAGAGGCAGCAAAUUGACCGAAGUUUUGAGGGAUUCAUUUGUGGGCAACUCCCGCACUGUUAUGGUUUCAUGCAUAUCACCAAGCUCGGGUUCAUGUGAACAUACGCUUAACACAUUAAGAUAUGCUGACAGGGUGAAAAGCCUGUCGAAAGGGAGCAACCCUAAGAAGGAAGUUGUGUCUUCAAAUUUCAACCCUAAAGAAUCGACUACCAUUCCUUUAUCUGCUGUUAGUGCAUCAACCUUUGAGGACCGUGCAACUGAUGUGUGGCCUGAAGAAAAUGAGGAUGAUGAAUUUAGUCCGCCUGAAGAGUACUAUGAGCAGGGAAAACCCUCUUGGAAGAAAAACGGAAAGAUAGAAUCAUACAGUACCGCUGAGGACAAAUUAAAGAAACCCAAUAGUCAGAUCAAAUGGAAAGACAUGCCAAAAGUUGAAUCUACUACACUUUUAGAUGAUGAUUUAAAUGCCCUCCUACAGGAAGAAGAGGACCUUGUAAAUGCUCACAGGAAACAAGUAGAGGAUACCAUGAAUAUUGUCAAAGAGGAAAUGAACCUCUUGGUUGAAGCUGAUCAACCAGGGAAUAAAUUAGAUGGUUACAUAACAAGAUUAAGCGCCAUUCUAUCUCAGAAGGCUGCUAGUAUCCUGCACUUACAAAAUCGUUUAGCUCACUUCCAGAAACGCUUAAAAGAGCACAGUGUUUUCGUUUCCUCUGCUGGUUAUUAACAUCAUGUAUUAAGGAAGGCGAAACUUCUGUGGUUCAUGCACUUGGUUGGGAAACCAUGCAUUCCUGCAGUGCAGUCGGAGAAGAUUACGUGAGAUCUGGCAUAUGGCAUUCUGCUAGAUGAUUCAUAGUUAUUAUGCAUCAUAACUAUUCUCCCAGGGAUCAGAAGCUGAAGUCUUCACUUUUUCUUUAUUCAGGAUGCAUGUAUAAAGCUCUAUAUUGAUGUUGGUCCAGGGUCAUGAACAGAUCAUUUCUUAUUAAAUAGUUUUCUGCUUACCCUGAGGUGGAUAGGUAUGGAAAACUGCUACGAAUUUUAUUCAUUCAGCUUGGAGGCACAUUGUGCAGAUGUAAAUGCCUCCUAAUCUGCUUUGUCGAAAGCCUUGCUUCACUAAUAAUAGAUCAUAAUCCUUACCACGCUGAA